AAAGACACGACACAUUCACAGAGCAGGACAGAGACAGUAACAGCGUGUAACAGAACAGGAGCUUUAAUAUCUUUCUGAAGUGGAGUUGGUGUGGAGAUCUGUGAGAGUGAACUCAGGAUGAAGAUCCUCCUCAUCUUCACCCUCUGUCUGAUCUCAGAUGGAGGAGCCUCUAAUGAAGUAACAGGAUAUUCAGGAGGAGGAGUCCUUAUCAAGUGCAAGUAUGAUACAGAAAACAAAGAUAACCAAAAAUAUUUCUGUAAGGGUUCAUGGCCAGUCUGUUCUGACCAAAUAAAGACAGAAGGUAAAAACCAGUGGGUAAAUUCAGGAAGAUUCUCGUUGUUUGAUGACACCAAAUCAGCAGAGUUGUGGGUGAUGAUGAGAGACCUCACUAUACAGGACUCUGGGACGUACCAGUGUGUAGUUGAUAAAUCUAUGUGGAAAGACAUUUACACACCGGUGGAACUGAAGGUAAAGAAAGGGUCCUUGGUCUCUAGACCUGCAUAUGCAGGGGGAGGAAUCAACAUCAAGUGCAGAUAUGAGGAUGAAUAUAAAGACAAACCAAAAUCUUUCUGUAAGAUCGGAACAAAUCAGUUGUGUUUAAAUCGAGUAACAACAAAACGGAACAGUAAAUUGCCACGUGAUGACAGAUUCUCAAUUCAUAACAACAGAAGUGCAGGAUACUUCAGUGUGUUUAUCAGAGAGCUGAUUACGGAGGACACUGGAUCAUACGGGUGUGGUGUUGUUGUGUCUGAUAAACUGGAGAUCUACACUGUAGUGAAGCUGAAUGUAAGAGAAGAUCUGUCAUAUGAGAAGUCCAUCAGGAAGACUGUCCAUGCAGGAGGAGAUUUGACUGUCCACUUUAAAUACCCAGAAUCCCUCAGGAGUAACCCCAAGUUUCUCUGCAAGAGGAAUCAAAAUGCUGCUUGUUCUCAUAAAGCAUCUGUUACAGGAAGUAGAAAAAAUGUAACUAUGGGGAAAUUCUCCCUGUAUGAUGACAGAGCAAAACAAACCUUCAGUGUGAGUAUUAGAGAUGUAACUGAGCAGGACUCUGGUGAAUACUGGUGUGGAGCUGAAGCAGCCUGGACAUCUGAUCAUGGAUACAGGGUUUAUUUCACACGGAUCAACCUGACAGUUACUGAUCCACAUGUCCCAGUUUCUCCCACAAAGCCAUCACAACUUUCAUCAUCAUCAUCACCAUCAUCAUCAUCAUCAUCCCCAAUUCUCCUUUUCACAGAUAAACACAAAUCUUCGUCUACUUCGUCUUCUCCUCCAGCAGGAUUUCCAGCUUCCACUGUGAUCACUGUGUCUGUAAUUCUGCUGCUGCUUCUGAUUGGAAUCAUAAUCCUCUUGGUGGCUCUACAAAAAAGACAAACGUUGCUAGGUUCAGCUUCUACUCCUGGAAGGAGGUCUGUCAAAGACACAGGAAACAACCAAGGGGUUCCUCUUGAUGCCUGUGAAUAUGAGGAGAUUAAAGACACCAGACGACUUUCUGCCUCAGAUGCUGGAACUUUCACAGUUCACUCUACUGCUGAACUACCCACAAUCCCCUCUGAUCAUCACACAGUUUAUGCAAACUCAGACUUACCCACAAGCCCCUGCGAUUCUGCUCUUUACUUGACUGCUCAACUACCCACAAUCCCCUCUGAUCAGGACAUCUACUCCAAUGCUCAGUUACCCACACGUCUCUCAGCUGGGGAAUCUGCUGAAGAUCUGAAUUACACAACAGUGAGUUUUCAUACCAAAUCCACCAGCUCUAACGAUGCAGCUCCAAAGAUUAUCUUUAAGAAGGCAGAGGUCUCGUGUGAAUAUGAUUCAAUUAGUCAUGUUACUUCAUCUGGCUAGUUUCUCAUCAUUACAGCUCCAAAGGUGUGGUGCUGGAAGUCUACUGUUUGUUUUUCCCUGUUUUCUUCCUAAUUUGGUCUUGGUCAUUUCCCACAACAAGGGAAGAUGAAAGCUUAUUCCUUUUCAGUCUUUUUUUUUUAUUUCUAUUUUCUAGCUUUUUAGCAUACAGGUAUUUUAAUAACUGUUCUUGGACACCCAGUGUUUAAACUAGGAAUUUCUUGUGACUUUCUUAAGCUCUCCUUAUGGUCACAGCUUAAAAUUCACUUUACUCACCAACUAAUAUGCAGCAUUUUUACCAACACGUUAUUAUAAAAUUAUUAAGUAUUAAUAAGCCGUAUUGUAACAUUGUGUGUUAUUGAAGCAGGCAUUCCUUUGUAUAAAUGUGGCUGCCUGUUAUUGUGGUGCUUGAUGGUUUAUUUUAUUAGAAUAGGUGAUGUAAGAGAAAUGUGUGUAUGGAUUGUGCUGUUAGUGUGAGUUUGUGCAGAUCACAAUGCCCUUGCACUUGUACAGAUCAAAAUGUUCAUGACAAUGUGGCGCUACACACAAGAAGUUCCUUUGAGUGUAUUUAUUCUACUCCUCAACUACCCCCAAACCCUCCUGAUCAGGACAUCUACUCCACAGCUCACUUAUGCACAAAUCUGAUUCUUCAUUUGGCUGAGGAAUCUGUCGAAUGACUCUGUUGUAGCUGAUAGCUGUGUUGUACCUGUCAAUCAAGUGUGCUUGUCAGACAAUUAGUGUCCUUUUAGGACAGUCUGAAAGUCAGCUUGGUUAAUUCCCUUCAAGUUUGAGCAUGUUUUAUACCAUAUCUAUCCACAUUGUUGUGGAUACAGCAGUCUGUGUUUUUGCUGUAAGUGUGAGUUAGGCAAUAAAAGAGAAGGUGCAUUGUUUUCACAAUUCUUCAUGAUCAAGCUUCUUCCUUGAUGACACUAUAGUAUGAGGCUAUGAGGGUAAGACAUGUAAGUGUGAUAUGACAAACAGCAGAAACAUUAGUGUGUGCAGGAAAAUGAUCUCAGAAAUGUAAUACAUGUGAAUAUCUGGAGGUGUUCUUCCAUAGUAGCACCAGAAACAUCUAAACUUCAGACACUGUGCUGUUAAUUGUUUAUUGACUCUGGUGAAUACGGGCAUGGAGCUGAGCUCAAGUGGUUAAGGCUCUGGGUCCUUGACCGGAAGAUCAGGGAUUCAAGCCCCAGCACCCAGCAGUUGCCACCGUUGAGCCAUUGAGCAAGGCCCUUAACCACUUUCCGCUCCAGGGGCGCUGUAUCAUGGCUGACCCUGCGCUCUGACCCCACCCUCCAAGGCUGAGAUAU